AUGGAGGUGCACUGCCCAGCCGACAACACCGAGCUGGACAGGGAGCCCCUCCGCUGGUCAUCACCCGAUUGCACUUUGCAGUGUCCCUUGCCCGAGCCACUACCCUACGGCUACACCAAUGACUCCAAUGGCGAGUGGAGCUGUAGUGAAGGUUGGGCGGGCACAGCCGUCCACUUCUGCGAGUACGACGGCGCCCCCUUCUGCCAACGCCGUAGCGAACUUCGGGGGUGCUAUCGCUUAAUGCCCUGUGCUGAUUUGCAGCUACCACCAGAUGUGGAUGAAUGCCUGUACAACAUCACUGAAUGCCAAGGAGGCCUUCCUCCGGGCGGUGCCUGUCGCCUUGGCUGCUGGCCGCCCUUCGUGGACUUCGGUCUGCCGCGCGUGGCACGCUGUCCGGCUGAGAACCUGAAUCCCUUCCAGGAGCCCAGUUAUUGGCAACUGCCUUGCUGCCAACUCUCCUGCGCCGACCCGGUGCCACUGCCCUUGGGGUAUCGAAAGGAGAUUUCACGUGGCAUUUACAGCUGUGAUGAGGGUUACGUGGGCGACGUGAAUCGCAGUUGCCUGCGGCUGCCCAACUGCUCCUAUGAGGUCCGCUUCGAGGGCUGCCAACGGAAGGUGCCGUGCUUGCCGCUCGAGGUGGAGGAGGAGAACCGCUGCCGCAUGAACAUCUCCGGCUGCAGCGCGGUGGAGCCGGGCGACAGCUGCCAGAUCCUGUGCCGGCCGCCCUUCCACGGCGCCGGCGCGGCGCACUGCCCCGAGCACAACGUGGAUCCCGCCAGGCCCUUGGAGGUAGAGUUGCCCAGUUGCAGUGCCAGCUGUGAUGACUUGCCUCCAGGCUACAUGCGCACGGCUGAAGGCUGGCGCUGCGCCGAUGGCUACGGCGGCGCCGCCGUGGCCGCGCGUGUGGACUGCGGGGCGCCGCUGCUGCUGAGCGGCUGCCGGGAGUUGCAAGCGUGUCGGAUCCCGGAGGCCGAUCCCUGCGUCUGGGACCUCUCCGACUGCGUCCACGUGCCUCCGGGUGGCAGCUGCCAAGUGCGCUGCUCCGAAGGCGUCUAUGAGCCAAAGGUGGUGGACGCCACGUGUCCGGAGGGCAACACCGACCCCGAUCAGCCCAUCUUGUUCGACCUGCUGUGCACCCCCCGCUGUGACGAGCCGGAUCCGCUUCCGGACUCCAUUGUUAAGGAUGAGAAGGGCACUUGGGCUUGUGCUGAGGGCUUCGUGGGCAACGCGUCCGAGGAGUGUAUCAUCAGUGGAGACGCUCAAGGGAACUGUUCAGGCUUUUUGAACCUCACAGGCUGCUUGCCCUUAACGGCUUGCGCGCCAUUGGACCUGCAGGACAACAGCUACAACACGCAAGCCUGUGCCAGUGGCACCGAGCCAGGCGACGCGUGCCGCGUGGCCUGCCGCGCGGGGCUGCACGGCGAAGCCACCGAGGCCCAGUGCCCCGAGGACAACGUGGAUCCUUAUGCGCCUCCCAGGGUGCGUGUCCUGCCAGACUGCCGUCUCGAGUGCGAUUCCGCUCCCAUGGGCUAUGAGAAGACCCAGCAGGGCUGGCGCUGCUCGCCGGGCUAUGCCGGGAAUGCUGUGGCCAGUUGUAAGGCAAGUACCAGGUGCGGUGCGGAGCUCCACUUGGAGGGCUGUUGGCCCAUCGUGCCCUGCUUGAGGCCCACCUUUGGCGAAGACCUGUGCCGCUUCGUGGCGGUGUGCCCUGAGCAGCUGCCGCCGGGCGGCAGCUGCGAGAUCCACUGCCGCGCGCCCUACGAGGGGGUGCCCACGGUGGCCCAGUGCUCGCCGGAAAACACGUUGCCCAGAGGAGAAGCCAGUUGGGAGCGGCCGAUGUGCAGCUUUCACGUGUGUCCUGAUCCAGAUGUCUACAGCAGCAACUACACCAAGGAUCCUGGCAGCCCAGUGGGCUGGCGCUGCUCCGACUCCAUGACGGGCAUCGCACAGAAGUGCCACACCCAGUUGCUGAGACGGUUUGGGGCGUCCGUCGGCGUGCCCAUGGCGUCGCUGACGGAUGGAGAGUUGCACCCGGAGUUGCUUCGAGGAGAUAUUUGCCUCAGCGGCUGGGCGCGGCAUUUUACCAAACCAGACUCAGGGAUCCUGCAGAACAGUCAGGAAAGCUACAACCUGAGCCGGCAAACGGACAGCUUCGACGAGUUUUUGAGCCAUGAUUGGGACACACCGCGCAUGCACAAGCUGCUUUCCAUGCUCAUGAUUUACAAUUCGAGGGCGGCCUUUUUCUGCUCGCUGAUCUUUAGCCUCUCUGUGGGAAUCUUACGAUCACUGCAGGUCUUGCCCAAUGAGCUUUGGUCUGAGCUGGUGUCUUAUGCCAUUUUCCCUUUGGUGCUUUGCUUUUGGCAGAGGAUUCGGAGGCUUUUUCAAAGACCACUUAUGGUCUUCUUUGAUAUGCUUUGCAUAGCUCAGCAUGAUGAAGAGCUGAAGAAGAAAGCCAUCUCCGGCAUAGUCAACUUUUUGGAUGCCUCUCGGCAGCUCACCAUCUUCUGGUCGCAUCGCUACUUCCGCCGCCUGUGGUGUACCUAUGAGGUUAGCACCUUUUUGAGAGAUCCCAAGAAGCAGAAAACCAUCUUGGUGAUGCCAGUGAAGCUGGCGGUGAUUUUGUUCCUCUUCUGCAUGGCCGAGCACAUGGUCACCUUCGGUCAGUCCUUUUGGUCGAAGGCCAUGGAGAAGGAAUUGCAGACGGUGAGCCUCCAAAUCGAUGACAUCGAGCUCCUAGGUGCCGAGAUCGAAAAUUCUCAAGCCUAUGCCCAUUUGAUGAAAUUGGCGCUCUUCCUUCCAUUCUUAGCUUUCAACCCUGUGUUGUACUACAUUGGCCUCGGAUUGAUGUCCGACCUGCAGAAGAUGCCUUCGCAGUUGCAAGACUUCCGCGUCCAGGAUGCGCAGUGUGCCUGCUGUGCUUCGGGGCAUCGGCAUCCCGUCACCGGUGAAGCCCUGGGCUGCGACCGGGAGGCCAUCUUUCAGAUGCUCAAGAAGUGGUACGGACAAGAAGGAGAUGUGGGCGAGAGCCAUCUUGAGAGCUUCAAUCGACGUGUUCACGAAGUGCUAGCCCCGCGAGUGCUUCAAAGUGUGGGCAGUGAUGUGCUGCCUUUCAGCUAUUGCCUCUACAUGAUUUCCGUCUCGAAAGUUCCUCAAUUGUGCAGCUUGAUUCCCCACUUGGCCGCCGGUCCCGCCAAUGACCUGGCCGCCCGUGCCCACUUUGCCAGCGCUGACCUGUCGGAGGCCGCGCGCUGGGCUCAAGCUGCCUGGGCGCUGCGCCACGUGAUGACCUGGGCGAUGGAUGGCGUGGCGGCGCUCUUUUGGGUUCGCCUCAGCAUGCGUUUGUGGCGCUGGGCCGUGGAUUUGGGCCUGGUUGGCAAGUCCAAAGCCCGCAAGUUGGCAUCCCGGAUUGCAGAGCUUUUUCAAGCGGUGCUAGUUUGGGGAGUUGGAAGCUGUGCUUUUGGCCAUCCCCUUUGCCUUUUGGAUCUUUGUACUGGGCAGCAUUUGGAGACCGUGGCAUCGCCUUUGCUUCUCCAGAUCGACGAGACCCGGCGCGAAUACCGGGGCAUGGAACAUCCAGGACGUCUCUUGGUCGCGGUGGCUCCAAGCGAGAUGCCACGAAGUUCCUAUUUGCCACUGGAAGAUUUGCCCAGUGAUGAGCCGUGGCCACCCAGCAACACACAUGCGACCCGACACGUGUCGGGUCGCGUCUUGGUCGCUUCUUCCGCCUCCGUCGUUGGUCGCUCGACAUCUCCGACCGCCGUCAUCAGCCCGUCGCUGUUCGUCCGCAGCCCAUCGCGAGAAGUCGUCCAUGGCUGAUGAAGGCUCGGCGCAACAGUCAGCUGUCACAGGAACCAGUGGAACCGCACCUGUUACGAGGGGUUCCACUGACCGUGUGUCUCUCGGGCUGGGCGAAGCACUUCAGACCCCCCGCGUCGGGGAUCCUGCAGAAUGAUCAGGACGAGCGGACGAGCUGCGGUCCGGCGUGGACGCGGUGUGGCGCCGGUGGUCGAGAGACCACCGGUGGGUCGGAAGGUGCUCGUUUUUUCGAAGAAGACGAGGAAGAAGAGGAAAGAAGAUGAAAGACAUAUGAAAGAGAGAAAG